AUGGAGCUUCUUGACUUACCCCUCGAGGUGUUUCGAGCAAUUCUCGAGGAGACUGUCAUUGUCCUGGGCGCCGAUAGAGCACCCAGACUUCGACUUGUGAAUAAAUUCUUCGAUGGCGAGGUUAUCAGAGUUGUGUGCAUAACCGGCAUCCUCGACAGUAGCCACCUGACCUACGGCCCCUGGCUCGCAUAUCACCUGCAGAGCAGGGUUCUGGCACCUCGUGCACAGGACAAUAAUAAUUAUCUUCUCUGCACCCUCCGUCGAGUGGUAGAUGAGCUCAUAGCGAAAUACCAAGGAGACGAACACGAAAGAAAACGCGAGAUUUCACUUGCCUUAUCGCGGGCGGCGGCCGAAUAUCUCGGGUAUCGGGUUCCGAAUGCACUGAGGGGUUGCGAGACACGGUCUGGGGUUAGGCUACCAAAGCGAAGCUCUGUGGCUUAUGUUUCGUUCCUGAGAUCGUACGAGUUCGAACAGUCGAUUCUGCUGGGCAAAGGCCAGACCAGUGACGCACCUGAGCACCUUCUCUCACCAGCGGCGUAUGUCGGGGAUGUUUCCUUGGUCGAGGGUCUUCUUGCGCAGGGCGUCGAUGUCAAUGCCGGGAGCAACGUCUUUGGCAAACCGCUGUUCGCCGCCGCGUCAGCAGGCCAUCUUGACAUCGUCCGCCUCCUGCUCGCCAGAGGUGCGGACGCGGACGAUGGUGCCUAUCCCAGAACCGAGGACGACGAACGACGACUCCUGGAGUCCGGAGACUCCCAAGAGUCCACUGAACUGCACAUCACCUGUACGAGGAGACUUGCUACCGCCCUGGACGCCGCAGCCAUCGGUGGUUAUGAAGAGGUGGUGCGGUUGCUCCUCCAGCCUGAAUUCGGGAUCUCCAGAUCGACCUAUUCGUACCGCGCGGCAAUCAUCAAGGCCGCCCGUGGAGGCAAUGCAAACGUGAUGCGACUUUUGAUCGAAGCCGGGGAGUUCAGCGCCAUCCCGGAAGAAUGGCUCUGGGAGUGCGUGCCCGUGGACGUGGAGGACGUCUCCGUGGAUAGUUUGGCCACGCCGCUGGUGCGCGCCGCUGCCAACGGACACUACGAGGUUGUCCGGCUCCUGUUGCAGAGGGGGGCGGCCGUCAAUGGAACUCCUCACUGCAGCUCUACCCCGAUCAUGGAGGCUGCAGCUGGCGGGUAUCUGCGGACAGUCGAGCUCCUCCUGGACCAUGGAGCGGUGGUGCAUCACUGGGGAUCGCAUCCUCUGGAAGGAGCUGCAAACCAUGGUCAGGCCCAUGUCGUCCAGUUUUUGUUGGAGAGAGGAGCACACUUGAAGACGCGACAUGGAGGGGCAUUGGCGCUCGAGUAUGCUUUGGAAAAUGAAUAUUACUCAGUGUCAGGAAUGCUCAUGGACUAUGGGAUCGCACCUGAUUAUUGGCUCCUCGGUUGA